AUGAGUUCAGACAGUUCUGACGACGACAGGCCCUUGGCCAGGCCGAACGGACGACUCUCGGCCAACAAAAUAUCGCGCGCCGAAGACCAGGCCCUCGAUCGUUCACAAGCAAAACGAUCAAGUGGCAUGGCUGGCAUUGCGGUUUUCAACGGACCGGAAGAUGAUAGCAUGGAUCUAGACGCUACGAAUGGGGUCAAACGCAAAUCACGCUCUUCCAUUUCAAAAGUCAGCUACAAAGACGAAUCUGAUAGCGACGGCCAACCCCUGGCAAAACGUCCUAAAGCUGCUGCCAAAACCCUCGACUCGGAUUCCGAGGAUCAGCCCAUUAGCAAAGCCAGGGCCAAGAAGACAUCCUCCUCUCGACCGUCCCUCCUCGCUGAAUCUGACGACGACCAACCCCUAGGCGUCCAACUCGCCAAGAAGAAGGCAGCAAUCGAGAAGAAGGCAGCCAACGAGGCGCAGGCCAUUCUGGCUAAGGAGGCGAAACAGGCAAAGUCUGCAACUAGAAAGGGCAGGAAAGACGAGUCUGAUGAUGAACCCCUUGCCAAAGGACCUGCCAAGAAACGCCAAUCAAACGGUGUUGCAGCCAGGCGCAAGUCAAACGGCGUGAAAAAAGAGGAAUCUGAUUCCGACGCUCCCAUCUCAAAGACGAAAGGUAAAAGCAAGGCAGCUACGUCAGCAAAAGGCAAGGCAGCAGCUGCGGCCAAGGAUGCCAAGGAUGUCAAAAAGGCAAAGGCUAGGGAAGCUACUGAGGAGGAAGACGAGUUUGAAUGGUGGAAUGCACCCAAGCCUGAGGACGAUAGCAUCAAAUGGACGACGCUUGAGCACAACGGCGUCCUCUUCGCCCCCGAAUACGAACCCUUACCGAAACAUGUGAAGCUCAUCUACGAUGGGAAGCCGGUCAGUCUGAGCAAGGAAGCCGAAGAGGUGGCCACAUUCUGGGUUGCCAUGAUGACCCCUGCGUCAUCUCAUCAUCUGGAAAACCCAGUGUUCCGCACAAACUUUUUCAAUGACUUCUGCGACUUUGUGAAAAAGCACGGUGCAACUGAUAACGACGGAAAGACUGUCGUGCUCAAGAGCCUGGACAAGUGCGAUUUCUCAAAGAUUUACGAGUACUGGCUUGCAAAGACGGAGGCGAGCAAGACCAAGAACCUGUCAAAGGAUGAAAAGGAAGCUGCCAAGGCAAAGAAGGACGCUCUCGAAGCCCCGUACCUAUACUGUACGUGGGACGGCAGAAAGCAAAAGGUUGGAAACUUCAGAGUGGAACCACCCAGUCUCUUCCGUGGCCGAGGCGAGCAUCCCAAGACCGGGCGCGUCAAGACGCGGGUUUUUCCCGAACAGAUCACCAUCAACAUUGGUAAAGAGGCCAAGAUCCCGGACCCUCCAAAGGGUCACAAGUGGAAGGCCGUGCAGCACGACCAGAAGGCCACCUGGCUUGCCAUGUGGCAGGAGAACAUCAACGGCGCCUACAAGUAUGUGAUGCUUGGUGCUGCCAGUGACGUCAAGGGUCAAAGCGAUUACAAGAAGUUUGAAAAGGCGCGUGAGCUCAAGAAACACAUUGGGAAAAUUCGCAAGGACUAUACUCGGGAGUUGAAGAGCGAGAUCAUGGCUGACCGUCAACGAGCCACGGCAAUGUAUCUCAUCGACAAACUGGCCCUAAGAGCAGGAAACGAAAAGGACACCGAGAACGAGGCCGACACGGUCGGUUGCUGCUCCCUAAAGUACGAGCACAUCACCCUCGAACCUCCGGACAAGGUCACUUUUGAUUUCCUGGGCAAGGAUAGCAUUCGGUAUAACGAGACUGCCCAUGUGGAGCCUCAAGUUUUCAAGAACCUGAAGUUGUUCAAGAAAGCACCCAAGACGGACGGAGACGAUCUUUUUGACCGUCUGACUACUUCUCAGCUCAACAAACACCUCAACAGCUAUAUGCAGGGACUGACGGCCAAAGUCUUUCGAACCUACAAUGCGUCCUACACGAUGUCGACAUUGUUGAAGGAGCUGGCCGCGGAUCCUCGCUCCAAGGGCACUGUGGCUGAAAAGGUCAAGCUGUAUAACGACUGUAAUCGCAAAGUGGCCAUUCUCUGCAACCACAAACGGACAGUCGGUGCAAGCCAUGACCAACAGAUGCAGAAGAUGGGAGAUCGGAUCAAAGGUUUGCGUUACCAAAAAUGGCGAACGAAGAAGAUGAUUCUGGAUCUUGAGCCCACACAGAAGAAGAAGAAGGGCGCUGCGUGGUUCGAACUAGACGAAGAUCUUGAUCGGGAAUGGAUCCAGGAGCAUCAGCAGUUCCUCAUUGAGGAACAACGCUCCAAGAUCACCAAGAAGUUUGAAAAGGACAACGAAAAGCUAAAGGCUAGUAAGGAGAAGCCUCUGCCUGACAAGGAACUUAAGGAGCGCCUGCAGGUGGUCAAGGAGAUGGAGGCCAAGUUCAAGAAGGAAAACAAAACUGGAAAGGUCGAAGCAGAGGGCCGAGGCGUAACCGUCGACAAGUGCCUGAAAUCGAUUGAGAAGAUUGACGACAGAAUCAAGAUGCUGGAGACGCAAGCGGAUGAUCGCGAGGGGAACAAAGAAGUCGCCCUGGGGACCUCCAAGAUUAACUACAUUGACCCUCGCCUGACGGUUGUGUUUUCCAAGAAGUUUGACGUGCCAAUCGAAAAGUUCUUUUCAAAGACUCUGAGGGACAAAUUCCGAUGGGCCAUCAAGUCGGUCGAGGAUGCGGAUGACUGGGAGUUUUAA